AUGAUUAAUUUAUUAUUAUCGGAUAAAAUUGAUAUUAUGAUAAGUAUUUGUUUAAUUAUUAUUAGUUUUUAUUUCUUAAAAAAAUUUUUAAUUCGUCAAUUUAUUGAUAUAAAGAAAAAUAAUGUAACAAAUAUUAAUCAUGAUAAUAAUCGUAACAAUGCUAAUAAUGAUGAUGAUGAUGAUUAUUUAUUUCAAUUUAAUAUUGAUAAACGUUCAUUACGACCAUCUUAUGCAAGAUUUAUGCGUCGAAAAUUACAACAAGAAUUAACUAAUGAUUCUUGUUUAUGUAUUAUUUGUUAUAACAAUAGAAAAAAUAUUGUCUUAUUACCUUGUAGACAUUUAUGUGUUUGUGUAACAUGUAGUAAACAAUUGUGGAAUAAUACUCAAAAACAAACAUGUCCAAUUUGUAGAAAUCAAGUUGAUAAUUUACUUGAAAUAUUUGUUUAA